AUGGCACUCUUUGCUUCAAACAAGCCCUCCCAUGAGGGGAGGCUUGACAAAUCUCUUAUGGAAUUUCAUAGUUCGCAGCCGCUGCUUGCGACUGCGUGGAGCUCACCCACUUCAGUGCUCAUCACUAAUAAUGAGGGUGAAAUACUUACCGUUGUGCAGGAACCUCGUGACAGGGAUUCUACAUCAAAAACAACUCUUCUUGUCACCUGUCUCGCGUGGCAUCCGUUUGAAAGGAUUCUGAUCAUAGGCUGGAGCAACGGCAAACUAUUGCUGUGGUCCAUGCCGAUGGCAGGUGAGCUUGGGAUCAAUGAUGAGGAAGAUAUCGGCACAUAUGGCCACAGCAGUUAUGUGGUGUUGUCCCUUGCUGCGAAGGCCGCUACAUUCACAGAUAUGGAGGACCUUACGCACGAGCAUCGCGAUAGGUCGGUUCUGCUUUGUGAGUGGUCUGCCCAGGGUGAGUAUCUUCUCACGUCGUACGAUUCUAAUACAGUUACACUUUGGAAACUGGAUAGGAGCGCGUUGCGGCAGCAUAACGAGGUCCAAAAUAUUGCGAGAGAACACGUUAUCAGGUCGCUUUGGUUUGUUGAGGCCCCUGAUCCAAUUAUCAAAGCUGCGCACAUUCCCAGUAAAUUGACCUCAGCAUUGUCGAGAGGCUCACUGAACGCUCCUCUACGUAAAUCUGCACCCCGGGACAGCCAGAGCCCCGAGAACCAUGAUCAUGAGCUUUCUGAUGCACCUUUGAAUGUUUCGGAGGAUGAUACUGUGUUCCUACUCCUAGGAGGUAGUAAUUGCAUCUAUAUCAUCACAGAGGAGCAGAAACUCUCAAAGGUCACAUCGAGGAUCGGGAGUAUUAUCUCCUUUUUGUAUGAUCCUAAGGAACGCACGCUUGUGGCGUGGAACAACACUCAGACACUCGAAGUGUUCCACAUUUAUAGAGAUCUUUCUGUGGAAUCGUUGUUUUGGAGAAAACUGACGCCCCCCGGCUAUCCUACCGCAGCGCCAAGUGGUGGGCUCUCCCCGUCUCUGGCCUGGGCUGGCACUGGAUCCGUGGUUAUUGGCUCUGGCGACGACCGAGUCUACGUGUUAGAUAUCAAAACUGAGACGAUCCACACUAUUCCCCUUCCCCAAGUAGGGAGUCACGUUCGAAUAGUUGCCUGUUCGCCCCAAAGGAAGGUGCUGGUAGUUGGCACCAUUGAAGGCUUGGCCUCUGUUUUUAUCCAUAACAAUAGAGCCACACCCCAGAGUGCUCAACGCAGCAGCGGCAAGGUAGACGACGUAGUGUCAUCUUCUGAUGAGCCGAAUGGAGUUGCAUUGAUGCACAUGGCGAUAAAUGACAUCAGCGCAUGGGAGGCUCUAACUACACAUAACCUUGGUGAGCCGAUUGAUCAUAUCUCGAUUAAUCCUUUGGGUGAUAUCGCUGUAUGCACAGGCAGCGCCCAUCUUCAGGUAAUCCAUGAGACUGUGCGGCACCGCGCAUGGGACGGUGCGGCAGCGGCUACACAGAUUUCCACCAACUUGGUGGUCAUUGAAAGUGUAACAGGCUGUCAGUGCUUGCUAAAUAGUAAAACCAAAAUUCGAGGUCUCUCCAUCUCCUUUCCUAAUAUUGCGCUUUGGAACGGUUCGCAGAUCGACAUUUACACCAUUAACGAAACAACCUCUGAUUUUGUGCAUGUCAAUUUUGUCCCUACUGUGAGCCCUGCCUUCGCGCUGCAUCGAGACGGACUGCUCUACGUGAAGGAUGGACGCAUCAUUUUCACCACCUUGCACCUCCAAAACAUCGGACAACUCACCUUUACGGCAUCCGAAGGAGUUCCGGUGGUGCUUGACAUUAUGAAGGAUUUCGUUGUAGUGGUGUCGUCCAAAAAUUCGCUCCGUCUUGUGCGGGUUACACCACGUGGCCUGCAGCCGCUGGGGCCGUCGAGGCCCUUCAGGCUCAUUGAGGAUGACACCGAGGCAAACAAGGUGACGGUGGUUUCAGCCCAUGUCAACGCGCAGGGCCGCCGUGUCGCACUGAUGGCGAGGGUCGGUCCGCUCCAGGUGCCGGACACCCACAUUUGGGUUUUUGACGCAGACACCGACAAGAUGAUGACCUUUGAUUUCGCCGAGAGGAACGAGGUCCCUGACGCGGUGUACUGGAACACGCCCGAACCUAAUGCAAGCACCAUUGGAGAAUUGGAAUACCUUCUGCUUGCUUGUGAGACGCACCAGCUUCGAUGCAAAACAACGGACUCGGAUCCUAACGCAGAAUCAAUUAUCGACGAAGACGACGAUGAUAACAAAAAUAAUUUUGUACAAGCGAGAUCGGAUGAGGACAGAGAUCCUGGUACCGAGAGCCCGGCACCUCGCUUUAUCCAUCGCGAGGGGUACGCCGAACCAAUGCCAGAUUUGGAGAAUUUUGCCGAGAAGAAGGAGUCAGGGGCUGGGUGGGGCAACCGCUCUCUUGGCCUUAUGGGUAUUCUUUCAAGUCGCGCGCACAAUUUGGUAACCUUAUUUGCCACAGAUAACGGUCUGGUAGUUCAUAACUCAGCACCACUAAAGGUGUAUCAGAUCUGUCUUGUUGGUCUUACGAUUCCGGACUUUCUUCUUUCAUCAGUAAAGAUUGAUGGCGAUCCAUCGAAUCCACAUGACUACGUUAUUGAGCAAAAGCGGCUUCGAGAUUUUGACGGCCUCCAGUCUGAUAAUGAUGUAGCUGUCCGUGAGGCACUUAUGAAAUUUAGCUACUAUUCAACAAUUGGAAACAUGGACGAGGCCUAUCGAUGUAUGAAAAUGAUUAAGGAUCCGUCGGCCUGGCAAAGUUUGGCGCGAAUGUGCGUUUCAACUGGUCGUCUUGACGUGGCUGCCGUGUGCCUAGCUACCAUCAAUGACGCUGUGGCAGCUCGGGCGCUGAGAGAGUCCCAGGAGGACUACCCAAACGAUAAAAACGUGCAGUUAGCCUCACUUGCGUGUAGCAUGGGUCUUCUAGAGGAAUGUGAGCGGUUGUUGCGCGCCUCAAAGCAGUACGGAAUCAUUACAGAUGUGUUUUUGGCAUGCGGAAAGUUUGAGCGAGCUCAACAGCACUCAGAGCGUUAUGACCGUAUACACAUCCGGUCGGUGAUCUACAAGUAUGCCCAGUUUAUGGAGAGUUUAGGUAAUGUGGAUGCAUCGAUUAUAUGGUACUACAAUGCACAUUGCGCCGGCACGGACGUCCCACGCAUUUUCUUUCAUAACAAUAGGCUGCACAAGCUUCGGGAGCUGAUGAAUGGUAGGGAUGCUUCCAGGAACUCAUCGCGGGCAGUGAGCGUAUGUAGUAGCAAUCACGACGCAGUGUCCUCAGGGCCGCGUUCUGCGUUUGCCUCUCUGUUUCCCAACAAUAAAGACCUGCUUCAGUGGUGGGCCAGAUACAGUGAGCGUCGGUGUGACAUCCAGGAGGCACUUUGGUUCUACGGUUUAUGUGAAGACACCUACAACCAGGUGCGGCUGCUGUGUGGACUGGUGCCACCUAGAAUUGACAAGGCGCUGGAGCUGGUCGACCGAGAUAUUGAAAAGGCUAACGCAAAAUUCCAACGGUAUCGGCAACAACAAUAUGUCGGUAGUUCUGAGGAGAAGGCAACUCAGCAGUCGGAGCCCGAUUGUGUCGGCGCUGCCUUUUUAAUUGGCCAGUACUAUGAGAGCGAGCGCAAAGUAGAUAAGGCACUGCAGUAUUAUCAGUAUGCCGGUGCCUAUUACAGUGGAGCGCGAUUGUCUCGGGCAGCGGAACGCGACAACGAUGUCUUUGAGUUCGCUGCUCGCAGCGGAGAUGAGCGCCUAAUGCUGGAGUGCGCUCUUUACCUUUCAGAAAAGGGCCUUUAUAGCAAGGCAGUUGAGCUGUAUCGUAAAAUCGGCGCUGUCCAAUGCGCUUUAGAAGGGUGUAUCAGAGGUGGUCUUUUUGAUACGCUACACGAGAUCAGCAUGGAACUUGCAGACAGCAACAUGGCUAGUGAAGAGGUGUUCAUGAGCAUGGCCGAGCACUUUCAAUCUACAGGGGAUUAUAGUAAGGCGGUUGAAAUGCUUGUUUUCGCGAAACACUAUGAUGCGGCGCUGCAGCUCUGUCAAGAUCAAAAUGUCACCCUGACAGAGGCUAUGGCUGACUCUAUAACUGGUCAAGGCAAUAACUUGCCUGUGAACGAGAAGCAGGAACUUCUGCUUCGUAUAGCCCGUAUCGCAAAGGAUCAAGGACUCUGGAAUUUAGCUUGUAAAAAAUACACACAGGCUGGAGAUCGACUCAAGGCGAUGAAAAUGCUCAUGCGUAGCGGUGACGUCGACAAGGUUAUCUUCUUUGCGAACCACUCUCGCAAUGCUGAGAUUUACACACUUGCUGGAAAUUUUUUGCAGAAUCAGAACUGGAGUGCGAAUCGCAAUAUCUACAACAAUAUUGUUCUUUUUUACACUAAGUCGAGAUCAUUUAACAGUCUUCUCAACUUCUACGAUUCAUGUGCGCAGUUUUACAUCGACGAAAAUCGAAACUAUGAGGAUGCCCUCCAAGUCCUGGAUGAGUGUGUGCGCACGUUCGAAAAGUUAGCCCCUUCGCAAUCGGUUGGUGAGAAAAUUUCCGGUACUGACACACCGAAGCUUGCUGAUCUUCAGGAGCGUAUGAAAGUUGUGCAAUCUUUUGUAACAGCUCAGAAGUUGUUCAGUGAAAUAGAUCCCAAGGAAAACAUAGAGAGGAAGAAGGUGAAGGGCGACCAAAUUAUUAAGCUAUGUUCAGACAUUAUCAAACGCAGUCGGCCUGGAAAUUCAGAUCACGAGCUCAUUGAAGCAUCGUUAAGAGUCGGGGAUGUUUUUGCUCUCCUCGUGCAUUUCUACUUUGAGAAGUUAGGUGAAUCCCGUAACGCCUUUAAGGUACUAGAAAGUAUGCCUAAACAUAACAUUGAGCCCCACCUCUUCUUGGAAAUUGACUUUAUGGAAAAGGUGUGCUUGGCUAACUCUAAGCAGCUCAGUUCUCUAUUACCGCAUUUAUCGUCUGCUUCGGGUUUCGCUUCCAAAAAUGAACAUAAUGACCUCAACAUGGUGGGUGAAACUGAAAGCAAUCUGUUGAAUCAUUAA